CUCUUUUCUUGAUCGGAUAAGUGCAGCAGUCAUCAGUCACUGAACGACAGCCUGUGUCAGUCUCCAAACACACAAACUUCAGCAUGACCAGAAGAACGAGCCCGCGUCUCCUCACGGCGCUGCGGGAGAUGUCUGCAGUCCGCUCCGCUACAGCCGUGCGAGGAAACGGCAGAAGAGCAAAUAUCUUAAGACACUCGUGGGGCUCCUGUGGGGCCCCGGCGGCGAGGAGGGCCGGCCUUCCUCUCUGCGUCCCCGCCAGCACACCCAGCCGCAGCUUCAUCAACCUGGCUUUUCCCACCAGCACACGCAGGAUAGAGUACACCGAGUGCCGGACAUUAGGGUAUUCUCCAGAGCAGAUGUACAAUGUGGUGGCCAGCGUGGACCAGUACCAGCACUUUGUUCCCUGGUGCAAGAAGUCUCGCGUCACCAAGGGACAGAGCGGUGACGUCCGGGCAGACCUCGAAAUAGGUUUCCCCCCCAUUGUGGAGCGCUACACCUCUGAGGUCACCGUCGUCCCAAACCACCAAGUCAGGGCCGUGUGUAUUGACGGAUCCCUCUUCAGCCAUCUUGAAACAAUAUGGAAGUUUGCCCCUGCAGACCAAGACCGACCAUCCUCCUGCAAAGUGGAUUUCUAUGUUUCGUUUGAGGUCAAGUCUCUUUUGCACUCUCAGCUGGCCAGAAUCUUCUUUGACGAAGUGGUUAAACAGAUGGUCAAUGCCUUUGAGUCCCGAGCUGCAAUGCUGUAUAGCAGCCAGCAGGAGGCGCCAUCGAGGAGGCGGUCGACAUGAGGCCUCCACGCUCCCUGAGACCUUUAACCAAACUCUGCUCUACCUCCUAUCAACACUUGUCCUACACAGGAAGCUGGUUCUUCUUUUUGCACAUGUCCGUAUCUUACACUUGAGUUGACGAUGCACAUUAAACAUACUUACUGUUUAUUUAUAGUCCACGAGCUAAUUUAUUGACUUCCUUGUACAUAUUUAGUCACUUUAUAGGUCAGGAAUACAUACGUGGUUUCAAAUGAUGUUUCUUUGUACGAUUGUGGGCUCAACACUAAAACAUCUAAAAGGGUUACGAGCUAUUUCUUGUUCAUCAUGUCUUUGUCUGUGGAAUUAAAAAGCUUUUGUUUUAGUAAA